CGCCCCGUUUCCUGUGAGGGUGUACCAAGGCCCGCCACCGAUGCAUUAAGACAACCACGGUGACUCGAGAACCUCCAGUGUGCCCCGCAACUCGGCCCGUCUCGCCUUACCUCGCCCCGCCUCUCCUCGCUCAAGUGCCAAAGAGAUAAAGAUGAGUGCCAGUGGACGGGUGCUGAAGAUGGUGGCGGUGGGUGACGGUUUUGUGGGCAAGACAACGCUGCUCAUCACUCACACCACGGGAGUCUUCGAGGGUGACUAUGUGCCCACAGUGUUCGAAAACUACGCCGGCACGAUGAUGGUGGACGACGCUGAGUACUCCUACACGCUCUGGGACACGGCGGGCCAGGAGGGGUUCGACCAGUGCCGCGUCUUGUGCUACUCUGAGACCAACGUGUUCCUCGUGUGUUUCGCUAUCAAUUCUCCGACUUCCUUUGAGAACGUGAAAAAUAUUUGGUUGCCGGAGAUAAGACGUGAAUGUGGACAGAAGAUUUCCGCGGUGCUUGUAGGCACCAAGUCAGAUCUGCGCUCUUCCACCCCCUCCGAGCGCGUGGUGAAGAAAGCUGAUGGGAAGAAACUUGCCCGAGCCCUCAAGAUGCACGGCUAUGUGGAGACCUCGGCCAAACUACAGGAAGGAUGCACAGAAGCGUUCGAGGAGGCGAUACGAGCUACCGUAAAGCCGCCUCGCAGUGUGUGUGUGGUGCUAUGAGAGGGGUGAGCGUGUGUGUGUGGCAUGGUCAUGUUGUUCGCUUUAAUAGCAAUGUAUCGUGUCACUAAUUGUAUAGUAGGUACAGCAUUAGUUACUGCCUCAGUAGGUGUGCGGCAGGGCUCUCCGACAUCCUGUCUCUUAUUUGUUCUUUUUGUUGAUGAUUUCAUUCGGUUAAUCAAACAAAAUUGUGGGUUAGACGGUUUUUUGGCCUGGCUUCAUGUUUUGGUCCUCAUGGACGAUACAGUUUUGCUUUCUACAUCAAGAAGAGGAAUGUUAAGUAAAGUAAGGAAUCUGAACCAGUUUUGUGCUUCACACGGCAUGAUCAUCAAUACGAAUAAAACAAAGUUUUUUUGUGAUCCAUGGCAAUGAUUCAGAUAACGAGGCAAUGAGAUUGGACGGAUUAACGAUUGAGCCCUGUGAGCAGUAUGUAUACCUUGGGAGUCCUUUUACGGCUGACGGCUCCACCUCGUCAGCCAUCAAAGUACACGCCCAGCAAAAAAUGUGUCAAGUUCUUAAAUUUGUUUCAUUUAUAACUAAAAAUAAGGAUGUACCAUUCUAUAUUAAGCGAAAGGUAUUUCAAGCAGCCUUGAUGUCUAGUAUCUUAUACGAGUGUGAGUCAUGGCUAAACGGUAACAUCAAACCAAUUCACAAAUUGUAUGUGUGGUGUGUCAAACAGCUCUUAGGGGUAAGGAAAAAUACUUGUAAUGAUUUAUGUCUAAUAGAACUUGGCUUACCACCUGUGUACGCUCUGAUCAAAUCUAAACAAAGAAAGUUUUCUCGCGAAUGUGGAGUGGGAGAAGAAACAUGGCAGAUGAUCCAUGGGCCCAUGCUGUUCGGGUGAUUUCUGGAUAUAAUUUUCCUACGGCUUACUAUGUACAAGAUCUAAUUAACAACAAUUAUGACGAUGUACGGCAGGCUAUUGACGGUAUUAAGGAAAAGUUAAGAGCAUCUCAGUCGUCAAGAGUAGAUUUAUAUUGUCUACUAAAUCAGAGCUUAGACGUGCAUGGAAUUUACAAUUCGAAUGUAAGAGUUAAAGAAUUUGAAAGAAUAUCUUGGUCAAGAUUACGUUUAAGUGGUCAUUCUUUGGCGAUAGAAGAAGGGCGUUGGAACCGGCGGGGUCGUGGUCGUCUACCGCUGGAGGAAAGACUGUAUCUGUGGUGAAGUUCAAACGGAGCGUCACGUCUUCGAACAGUGCCCUCGGUCUUUGCUUUUACGUCAGCAGUAUGGCGUGACGACUUUAAAAAAUUUAGUCUGCGAAAGAAAUGAUUUCGACAUAGUUUGUCAUGUAAUCCACAAGAUUCUAAAUGUUUAUGUAUAAAUAUAAACCCAGUGUGUGUGUGCAUUUGUUGGAAUACUAUGAUUAUCCACUGCUUCAACGGAUUUAUGAAAAUAUUUAAAAAUUUUUUGACGAAAUUUGUGUAAAUAUGUUGGACCAUAGUUGUAUUAUAUGUAUGUUAUUUAUCUAUUCCGUGGUCAAUAAACUAUCUAUUUAUCU